UGAGAGACUGACAGACAGACCGUUUAAGAGGCAGAGGCUUAUACAAAGAGACUAAUAUGGAUGGGUUAAAUAAAGGUUUCCUGUGCUCACUCCUGCUGGCUGUCACUGCUUUGGCCAUUCCAGAACCGGGUUUUGUGAUCAGUCGGAGAGAUGUUGAUGAUGGAACCGACGGAGCUCCUGCAGUAGAUGAUGGAACCGAUGGAGCUCCUGCAGUAGACGAUACAGGAAGUCAUCCAUCUGCUGAAACUGGAGAUUGCAGAGAAGUACAAUACCCCUGCACACGGGUGUAUUCCGUUCAGAAGCCAGUUAAACAGUGUAUUAGCUACCUGUGUGUGACCAGUGUGAGACGUGUCUAUAUGUUGAACAAGGAGAUCUGCACUCGAAUAAUGUGCAAGGAGCAUGAAGUGAUUCAAGAUGAGAAGUGUCGACAGCUAGCUGGACUUCCACCUAGACGUUUUGAACAGCCUGAAGCCGCUCCUGAGGAGAAGCCAACCACUUCAGAAGGAAUUUAAUAAAAAGGAAAAGUAUCUGCACCUAGCGUACUAACCACACGCUAAAUCUCCCCCCAAAAAUCACCCAAGGUUUAAUGCACCCAAGCCAAUGUUGCAGGUCUUUUUCCCAAGUUAAUAUUCAAUUCCCCAUCAAUGCUCUUCUUUCACAACCUCUUUUUACAUUGUCCAUCUCACAUGUGAUCUGUUAAUUCUUAUAAUUCUUUUGAUGGGGUUAAGGAUCUCAUUACCCAAAUGAAGAACCCAUCUGGGCAAUUCUUAUCCAAGAAUAACACAUGAGCUAUCUCAAUUGUGCUAUGUUCAAGGUGAUGUUUAUUUGUCAUUUAAUGUGUGUUUGUAACCCUUCACAUGAAUUAAUGAUUCUAUAGUUACAAUAUAAAACCAUUUUAUAAUCCCAAAGUCUUACCGCUUUACUGCUUUAUGUAUAAAUCCCAUAAACAUGC